AUGUCCACCACCCCGAAGUCCCUGCCAGAGGAAUCGCUUGGCGAAUCUUGGGUGGACAUCAUGAGUUGCACAUCACCGAUAUCUUUCCAGAACGCUGACCGUGUUACUCCAGUGCCAUUCAUAUCGUCCGGUGAAGAAUAUCUGAGACUAUUGAAAGAGGCACAAAGGGAGAGCAACUCUUCGUCCAGAGUCUUGUCUAAAGAAUCGUCCAUAAAGGGCAGUCCAAAAUCACCGCCAAACAGUCCAAACAAUGAAUUGGAAGACGAUCUCAGGGGAGUGUACAUAAAUUAUUCUAACAGAGGUGGAGAAUUGUACAACUUGGAUAAAAGUACUGAUUGGAUUUGGGAUUGGAGUAGCCGACCAGACCAGGCACCUCCCAAAAACUGGAAAUUCAUUCAUCCCAAGAAGAAGACAUACAGUAUGCGCAACGCCAAGGUCGGCAAAGACGGCCUCUUUUCCAAAGAAGUUUUGUACACUUUGUUCCUGACCAAUAUUUUAUCCAUACUACUGGGAGCUGGCGUUGGUGCCUGGCUAUGUAAACGAGGCGGUAUUAUGAUGUCCAGAGUGGUUUUGGAAUGA